AAACCCUCCUCAAAACCCCAACUUGGCUCUCUCUGAUCUCUCUGUUUUAUCGAGAACUCUUCCAUCUCUCUCUUGCUCGCUUCGAUGGGGACGUCGGUGCAGGUGACUCCGCUUUGCGGGGUGUACAGCGAGAGCCCGCUUUGCUAUCUUCUCUCCAUCGAUGGCUUCAACUUCCUCAUGGACUGCGGCUGGAACGAUCUAUUUGAUGAAAAUCUCCUCAAACCCCUCGCCAGGGUAGCACCAAAAAUUGAUGCUGUUUUGCUGUCACAUCCAGAUAUUCUUCAUCUUGGUGCUCUGCCAUAUGCCAUGAAACACUUUAAACUCUCUGCUCCAGUUUAUUCGACAGAGCCUGUAUAUAGACUUGGUCUUUUGACCAUGUAUGAUCAUUACCUUUCUCGAAGACAAGUUUCAGAUUUUAACUUGUUCACUCUGGAUGAUAUUGAUACUGCAUUCCAAAAUGUUACUAGACUGACAUACUCCCAGAAUUAUCAUUUUCCUGAUAAAGGAGAAGGAAUUGUUAUUGCUCCUCAUGUGGCGGGACAUCUUCUGGGGGGCACCAUGUGGAAGAUAACAAAAGAUGGAGAGGAUGUAGUCUAUGGUGUUGACUUCAACCAUCGUAAAGAACGGCACUUGAACGGGACUGUGUUAGAAUCUUUUGUGCGACCUGCUGUUCUGAUAACAGAUGCUUAUAAUGCCUUGAACAAUCAGCUUUACAAACGUCAAAGAGACCAAGAAUUUAUCGAGGCAAUACUCAAGGCUCUGAGGGCAGAUGGAAAUGUGUUGCUUCCUGUUGAUACAGCUGGGAGGGUGCUGGAACUUAUUUUGAUACUAGAACAGUAUUGGGCACAGCAGCAUUUGACUUUUCCUAUCUUCUUUCUGACAAAUGUGUCUACAAGCACAAUCGAUUACGUGAAGAGCUUCCUUGAAUGGAUGAGUGACUCGAUAGCAAAAUCCUUUGAACAUACACGUGACAAUGCCUUUGCAUUAAAGCAUGUCACACUUAUAAUCAACAAGAAUGAGCUUGAGAAAUUAGCUGAAGUCCCAAAGGUUGUUCUAGCAUCCAUGGCCAGUCUGGAGGUGGGGUUCUCUCAUGAUAUAUUUGUGGAAUGGGCAACCGAAGCAAAGAAUCUAGUACUUUUUACGGAAAAAGGCCAGUUUGGGACACUAGCUCGCAUGCUUCAAGUGGAUCCACCCCCAAAAGCUGUAAAAGUUACUAUGAGUAAGCGUGUUCCACUAGGUGGUGAAGAGUUAAAAGCCUAUGAAGAAGAACAAAGUCGAAUUAAAAAGGAAGAAGCUCUAAAAGCUAAUCUCAUCAAAGAGGAGGAAUUAAGGACAUCUCCAGGAGCAGAUGCUAAUGUGGCUGUCCCCAUGGUGAUUGAUGCAAAUUCAUCUCAUGUUUCAUCUAAUGUGGCUAGCUCACGCUUUGGUGAGCAUCUGGACAUCGUCAUUGAUGGAUUUAUUCCUCCAGCCACAAGUGUUUCUCCAAUGUUUCCCUUCUUUGAAAACACAGCUGAAUGGGAUGAUUAUGGUGAGAUCAUCAAUCCCGAUGACUACAUUAUUAAGGAAGAAGACAUGGAUCAGGCAUCUAUGCAAUGCAUUGGGGGUGAACUAGAUGGUAAACUUGAUGAAGGCUCGGCCCACUUGCUCCUUGAUUCAACACCUUCAAAAGUUGUCUCAAAUGAAAUGACUGUUCAAGUCAAGUGUGGGUUAACUUAUAUGGACUUUGAGGGCCGGUCUGAUGGACGCUCAGUCAAAUCAAUCCUGGCACAUGUGGCUCCUUUGAAGCUUGUUCUAGUGCACGGAUCAGCAGAAGCUACCGAGCAUUUGAAACAACACUGUGCAAAACAUGUUUGCCCCCAUGUAUAUGCUCCACAGAUCGACGAAACAAUUGAUGUCACUUCUGAUUUGUGUGCUUACAAGGUGCAGCUUUCUGAAAGGUUAAUGAGUAAUGUGAUCUUUAAAAAGAUGGGUGACUACGAGAUAGCAUGGAUUGAUGCGGAAGUAGGAAAGACCAACGACAUGCUUACCCUGGGUCCUCUUUCAUCAACUCCUCCAACUCACAAAACCGUUCUGGUGGGAGAUUUGAAAUUGGCAGAUUUCAAGCAGUUUCUUGCAAGCAAAGGUGUCCAGGUAGAAUUUGCUGGGGGUGCCUUGCGUUGUGGUGAGUAUGUCACAGUUCGCAAGAUCAGUGACUCCAACCAGAAGGGCGUUACUGGUACCCAGCAAGUGGUCAUUGAAGGCCCUCUGACAGAAGAAUAUUACAAGAUUCGAGAGCAUUUGUAUUCACAAUUUUACCUGCUAUAGCCUGAUGUGAAAUUCCGUGUAUUAAACAUCUAUAUGAAAAAUGAAAUGUCUGCAGGCUCAUUGUAAUCUUUCCACCCCUGGUGAGAUAAGUGAUAUAAGGUCAACCAUAUGGUGCCGUGCAUUCGGUUACUGCUAUCGAUCCAAGCUACAAAGGUGUUGCCAGUGGUGGUCUCUGGGUGAGCUUACCUCCAUCUGCAAACUCAACCAGAGCUUCAUAUCACCUGUUCUUCAGCCUCUGUUGUCACAUUGACAUCAAUUAAUGGUUGGCUUUAUGUUUCGUUUUCUAAUUUUUUUUCUUUUCAAAAUACCACUUGGGAAAUAUCAGAUGUUAUAAAUGCACUACAGCAGUGUUGUAAUCCUGAAGGGAGGCUGUUUAUUGUCAGAAAAAUUUGUAUUUCUUGAAAUAUAUUGUAGCCGCUAGUUUGCUGCAAUUUUCAGAGACCAUCUGCUGCUUCCUUCCCUUCUUUUUA